AAGCUCAGUAAAACACCAACGAAGAAGAAGAAGAAGCAGGAGGCGCCCGGAAAGGAAGACUAUAAGAAAGUUCGAGGAAGUUUGUUUUAAAGCAGUUUCAGCUGAACGGGGCUCCUAAUGUAACCACGAGAAGGUACGGCAAUAACAGCGACGUGGUCCAGGUGGGACUCGGACGAAGUUUCAGGAAACAGGAGGAGAAACGAAUUCUCGGACUCUAUGAUUUUAACCAAAACACCGGCUUCUGUUCAUCCACUGUCAAACUGGGAAUCAUGGAGGGAGCGGCGGAGCCUCAGAGGAAAAUGUCCAGAGCAGGAGAGAGUCUGUACAAAGCCCUGGGUCUGGAGAAGGGAGCUUCUCCGGAGGAGAUAAAGAAGGCUUACAGGAAAUUAGCCCUACGGUACCAUCCUGACAAGAACCCAGACAACCCAGAAGCUGCUGAGAAGUUCAAGGAGAUCAACAACGCCAACACCACCCUCAAUGACGAGAACAAACGCAAGAUCUACGAUGAGUACGGCUCCAUGGGCCUCUACGUGGCGGAGCAGUUUGGAGACGAAAGCGUCAAAUACCACUUCCUGAUGGGCAAGUGUUGGUUCAAGGCCCUGUUGGUGUUUGGAUGUCUCUUCACCUGCUUCUGCUGCUGCUGUUGCUGCUGCUUCUGCUGCGGGAAGUGUGGGAAGUCAGAGGAGGAGGAGGACGCCUUCUACAUAGAUCCAGACAUCCUGCAGGCAGAGAUGGAAGAAGGAGAUCACGUCAUCAUCAUUCAGCCCAGCUCCUCUGCUGCUGCAGAUGAAACCGCAGAAGGACAUCACGUCAUCAUCAUUCAGCCCAGUUCUGCAUCCUCUGCUGUUGGAUCCCCAGGUGACGCUAGUCCAGUUGUGAUUCUACCUCCUGGAAACAACUCAUCUGUUUGUUCAAGUGAAGAAAUAGAUUAAAUGAAUCCUCAGUUUUUAUGCAAACUGACGUACAAACCAGCUGGUACCGGUCGUUUCUGAAUCGACCACAGAUGAAUGUCUAUGCCUAGAAUGUUCUUUGAAUUAUCAGAAAAAAAACGAUAUCUUCUUGCAGGAAACAUUCCUUAGAGACAAACUACUUUUGUUUGCACUGAUCUUGCAGGGAUUUGACUUUUAGUUUGGUCUUAGUUUCUUUCACUUCAUUCCAGUGUCGUGUGUUGACAUACGGAGGGUUUUUAUUAUUUAAAUGUGGAGUCAUGAUGUAUGUUGAACGAUCAGGGACAACUGUGGUUGUUAAUGUGGACAUAUUUAAAGUUGCCACAGUGAUGAAAACAUUUUUCACUCAGAGUUUUAGCUCGACAUUUUUACUGCUUUUACAGACACGGAACCAGAAAAAGAGCGACUGUUGUUGAUCUCAGGUUUGUAAAACAGCACCACCACGUGUCAAAUUACCCUAACUGCUAUCUUCAAAAACAUCAGUAAUUUGUUUUUCCAGACUCCACGUCUAAAAUCAGUGUUUGAUGCAGUAACGUCAGAGUAUAAUUAUUGUUAGUAGUUAGUAGUAAUAGAAGUAGUAUUUUACAAAAAACUAGGAA